AUGGGCUAUUGAGCGCAAGGAAGGAAAUGCUUCCGGAAAGACCCUUCUUGAAGCUCUUGACGCUAUCGUUCCACCAGCUCGCCCAACUGACAAAGCUCUCCGUCUUCCACUCCAAGACGUAUACAAGAUUGGAGGUAUUGGAACUGUCCCAGUCGGACGUGUUGAGACUGGAGUAAUCAAGCCAGGAAUGGUUGUUACCUUCGCUCCACAAAACGUCUCCACUGAAGUCAAGUCUGUUGAAAUGCAUCACGAAUCUCUCCCAGAGGCCGUCCCAGGAGACAACGUUGGAUUCAACGUCAAGAACGUUUCCGUUAAGGACAUCCGUCGU